AAAAACGGGCCCUUUAACAUCCGUUAACCUUGCCAAGACGGUUUUUGUAACAGUUUGGCGACAAUGUCGAUGUUUCCAAACACUGUUCGAGCUCCUUUAGCUUCAGCCGUCUCAAGACUUUCGCACACGGUAACCAAAAGUAAUACAGGGCCAUUAGUUAAGUUCCAAACGGCAAAUAUUCCAGUGAUAGGGAAGACUUCUCCUGAAUUACAGUCGUUCAAUGCAAGGGUUGCCGCUGUCAGUUGUCUGUCCAGGAGAGGCUACCACACUGAUCUCCCACAACCCGACUUCUCCAAAUACCGGACUCUGACUUCCCAGAAGGCCAAUGUUCCGAGAGACACCAAUGAUACGACAAGAAAGGUCUUCUCCUAUACCAUAGUAGGAGGGGUGACGGCUGCCACGGCUUACAUGGGUAAGGAGCUGGUACAGGACUUGGUGGGCUAUCUUGACAUUAACGAUGCUGCCAGGGCCAUGGCAGUGACGGAAGUCAAGCUGACCGAUAUCCCCGUAGGAACAAGCAUACUCACGACCUGGAAGGGGAUGCCGCUAUUUGUACGACACAGAACAGAGGAGGAGAUAAAGAUUGAGCAGUCCGUGGACCUCCUGUCCCUCCGAGACCCCCAGCACGACUCGGACCGAUCACUCAAGCCCGAGUGGAUGGUGUUGAUAGGAGUCUGUACACACUUAGGGUGUAUCCCCCUCCAGGACCAAGGCGCACACCCCGGAGGAAUGUACUGUCCCUGCCACGGCUCCCAUUACGACUCCUCGGGCCGCAUCAGGAAGGGACCCGCCCCCCUCAAUCUUACCGUAGCUCCCCACAAAAUUAAAGGAGACUAUCUAGUUGUCGGAUAAAGUUUAGUUGUCAAGAAUAAUGUUUCUUAAUAUGAACAGUUUUAUAAUGUUGUGUUAUACUUUAAAGAACAUGAAGGGCUAAUGAAAAGAAUGUCCUCAAAACGAUCUGAGGAGUGGUAUGUCUUGUUCUUAAAAUGCAUUAAAUUAUGUUUAUAAGUA